UGUUGAAUUUCCUGAAGUUACGUUUCAAUGUUGUGAUAUUGUCUCGAUCGAGGAUUAAUAAAAUACUCCAAUCUAUUGAAUCUGAAAAUUAUAAAAUGUCUGUUGUAUAAUUACAAGAUGUCCGCGAUGAUGUCUCCUUUAUUAACCACCGCGGUGUUCUCGCUAAUCCUCUUACUUCCCGCGUUUGCACAAAAUAUUCUGUAUGGAGAAGAGUACAAGUGUCCCCAGCACUGGAUACGAUUCCAAGAGUCGUGCUAUCGUUUUGUCAAGAGCCCACUGAGACCACGGGAAGAUGCGCGGAAAAAUUGCCAAGCAUUCCAAAGUGAUCUGCUUACCAUUAAUACGAUGGAAGAGCAUGGGUUCGUGCUCUACCAGUUGUUGUGGCAAGAUCCGCAACAUCGUAGAUGGUACACUGGGAUCAGACUCCAGAGUGGUAUAUGGAUAAAUGAGGCAGACAGUACGACAUUGUUGAACAUGGAUAAUGCCUUUCUACCUGAGCCUGUGGACAAUAUAUUUGGAAGAGAUUAUUUAGCGUAUGCUUAUUCCAAUAGUCUCCAGCGUUGGGGACUGGAGAAGGUUACUGGCAGAGAAGAAUUGUUAUAUAUUUGUGAAGCACCUAUUGCCACACUUCACAACUUGGUAGAAGAGGAGCGUACUUAUCAAUAUGGAAUUGACAUUGACAAUCCUCUCCAAAUACCAAGGGGGCCAUAUUUUAUAAAGCAGCCCAUGAACAAAGUAUUUGAUCUGUCAAAGAGAAGCGUGAGAAAUGAUGUCUCACUAAGUUGUUUGGCAGGUGGUUAUCCUACACCUACUUACGAAUGGUUCAAGGAGACGUAUGUAAACGAUCGACUUGUUGCAACAAAAAUUGAUCCUCUCACAAACAAGAAAUUUACUGUGAGCGGUGGAACACUUAUCAUCUAUGAUCCAGACUCAAAAAUAGAUUCUGGCUUGUAUCAUUGUAAAGCAUCUAACAAAUUUGGCAAGAUUAUUUCUGAGAGCGCUGAACUGACAUUCGGAUUUGUCAAUGAGUUUAAUUUAAAACGUUCUGAAGAACGCGGAGAUAAUCAUUGGGGUAAAGUAAUAUACUGUGAUCCACCACAGCAUUUCCCAGAUAUAUCAUACUAUUGGAUGCGUAAUGACUUUCCCAAUUUCGUCGAGGAGGAUAAACGCGUAUUUGUCUCAAAUGAUGGAGCACUUUACUUUUCUGCAUUGGAAACAAUUGAUCAAGCAAAUUAUGCAUGUUAUGUUCAGAAUGUUGCAUUCGAUAUUGGACGUAAUGGACCAUUCUUUCCAUUGAAAGUGGACAUGCACUCUUCCUUCCAACAGUUGAAAUUCCCAAAUAAUUUUCCAAAAGCAUUUCCAGAAGCACCAGUAGCUGGAGAAACUGUUAGAUUAGAAUGCAUUGCAUUUGGAUACCCUGUUCCUUCAUACAAUUGGACAAAAAGAGGUGCUAUUUUGCCACGUGGAGCAUAUACCACAAAUUUCAAUCGGGUAUUGAUAUUACCUCGUGUGCGCGUGGAGGAUCAAGGCGAAUAUGUUUGUCGAGUGUACAACGACAGACUAUCCAUCGAAAAUUCUGUGCAAUUGACUAUACAGGCGAUGCCUAAUUUCACCAUUCCUUUGGUUGAUAAGCACAUAGAUGAUCAUGCGGAUUUAACUUGGACCUGUGAAGCAUUUGGCAUACCAGAUGUCACUUACAGUUGGUUUAAAAAUGGAGAACUGUUGGACAUGUAUACUCUACCACCUGAAGAUAGAGAUCGUUAUACUAUACAAGAUAAUGUACUAAAUAUACGCCAUGUGGAUGCUGAAAGAGAUCAGAGCAUGUAUCAAUGCCGCGCGAGGAAUCAGCUGAAAACGACGUAUUCAUCGGCUCAACUUAGAGUCUUGUCAUUAAAGCCUUCCUUCAAGAAACGGCCUAUGGAAUCUGAGACAUAUGCGGCGGAAGGAGGUAACGUUACUAUUGUGUGCAAUCCAGAAGCUGCACCCAGGCCGAAAUUUAUUUGGAAGAAAGAUGGAAACAUAAUCGGAUCAGGCGGUAGGAGAAGAAUUCUAGAAACUGGAAAUCUAAUCAUCAGUCCAGUAUCACGAGAUGAUGAAGGGACAUAUGUGUGCACAGCGACAAAUCAGUAUGGCAAUGAUGAAACUCGUGGACGAUUGAUCGUGCUACGUGGACCACAGUUUGUCCAAAGAUUGCCAUCACAAAUAGUUCUGUAUUAUAAUUAUAAUCUGACAUUACAUUGUUUGGGUCAUAUCGACGAAAUGUUGGAUGUAGCAUAUAUCUGGACGCAUAAUGGUAUGCGUAUCCGUGAUCGGGAUUUGCGGAAUAAUCCGCGAUUAAAUAUCGAUGGCGGAUAUUUAAGUAUUAUAAAUGCCACAUUCGCUGAAGCCGGUGAAUACGAAUGCAUCUUGAAAAGCGCCGUUGGCGUAAUAACGAGCAAGCUUAAUCUGAUCGUGCAAGGACCACCGGGACCACCUGGUGGAGUACAAGUUGUGAAUAUCGUCAAAACUUCAGCCACAUUACGGUGGAGUGACGGUGCCACGAAUGGCAGACCAAUAAAUAUGUAUACAAUCGGUGCGCGAACAAAUUGGAAUCAAACAUGGUUUUCUCUUGCAGAAAAUAUUACGGCUUUUGAAGUAGACAGAUACAACGGUCGAAAAGAGGCAAAUCUGGAGAAUGUUCUGAAUCCUUAUUCUACUUACGAAUUCCGUGUGCAUGCCUUCAAUGAAUUUGGUUACGGCCCGCCAUCAUUACCCUCACCUCAAUACAGCACUCCGUCCGACAAACCUAUGAAAGCACCGUCGAAUAUUAGCGGUGGCGGAGGAAAAAUUGGUGAUCUCACGAUUACAUGGGAUCCUCUCAGUUCGUCCGAUCAGAAUGCUCCUGGAGUCCAUUACAGGAUAUUCUGGCGUCGCAAAGGAUAUGAAAAAGAAUUUCAAUCGUUAUCCCUGAGGGAAUACGGCAAUAUUGGUAGCAGUGUCGUGUCGAUUCCACAGCAAUAUUACUAUACAGAAUACGAAGUGAAACUACAAGCGAUCAAUGAAAUGGGCGAGGGACCUGUAUCUAAUAUUGAGACAAUCUACAGCGCGGAGGACAAACCACAGGUUGCGCCGCAAUUAGUGCACUCCCUGGGUUACAACAGCACCAGCUUGAACGUCACUUGGCAGCCUAUUCAGCAGACUCGCGAGCGAGUGCGAGGCAAACUGAUCGGUCACAGAAUCAAAUACUGGAAGAAUACUAUUCCCGAAGAGGAUGCUACUUAUUACUUGUCACGCACUACUCGUCCUUGGGCACUUGUUGUUGGAUUGCAGCCAGAUACAUAUUAUCAAGUAAAGGUAAUGGCCUAUAACUCUGCCGGAGAAGGUCCGGAGAGUGAGCGGUACCUAGAGCGAACUUAUCGCAAACCACCGCAAAAACCGCCAUCCUCUGUGAAUGUAUAUGGUGUAAACCCAUCAACAAUAAGAGUUGUCUGGCGUUAUGUGCAACCGAGUCUGGAGGAAGAACCGUUGAUUGGAUAUAAGAUACGUGUAUGGGAAUACGAUCAAGACAUGAGCACGGCGAAUGACACGAUCGUACCAGGUGGUUCCAAGCUAGAGGCUUAUAUCAACAAUCUAAGUCCAGGCAAGAGGUAUCGUUUAAGAGUGCUAGCAUUCAGCAACGGUGGCGACGGCCGAAUGUCAAGUCCUACUCAUUCAUUCCAAAUGGGUGACACUGAAGCCUUUAGGAGCAGCGCUGAAAACAAUACCUUAGACGUCGCUCUGGGGAUGGUUUUCUUGUUGUUAAUCAUGCUGCAAGUACUCGGCCGCUCAAUGCUCUCGGCGCAGCUGCUCAGGAACGUGAGGAUCACUUGCGUGUCGAACGCGAGAAACUUGAAUCUACUGGAAUAUCAGAGCAAGGAGCUCCUGCGAGACUCUGGCAUAUCAGUGCAAAACUUUGCUAUCGUGGAUAACCUAACUCAAACGAAUUCUGCCUUGGAGAAGCUGCACACUGAUGAGUUUGUUAUCAAGGCUCAAGUCUUGACUGGUGGUCGUGGUAAAGGCUGGUUUGAUAAUGGAUUUAAGGGAGGUGUACAUCUUACUAAAGACCGUAAUGCUGUUAUAAAUUAUGUGAAGAAUAUGUUAGGUCAUCGGCUCAUCACUAAACAAACUUCAAAAGAUGGCAUAUUGGUACAGAAAAUUAUGAUAGCUGAGUCAGUGGACAUUGCACGUGAGACUUAUGUUUGUAUUCUUAUGGAUCGUCAGCAUAAUGGUCCUGUGCUGAUAGCGUCUCCAGCGGGUGGCAUGGAUAUUGAGACAGUUGCGGAGAAACAUCCUGAACAAAUUAAAACUAUUACGUUAGACAUUUAUCAUGGGAUUGAUGACGAAAUAGCAAAGGACGUGUGCGUUUUUCUGGGAUUUUCUGAUACGGAUAUUCUAAAAAAAGCCAUAUAUGAAUUGAAAAAUCUCUGGAAAUUAUUUGUGGAUAUUGAUGCUCUGCAAGUUGAAAUAAAUCCAUUAGUGGAGACGACAGACAAGCAAGUAGUAGCAGUAGAUGCAAAAAUUGCAUUCGACGAUAAUGCCCAAUUUAGACAACAAGAUUUAUUUGCCUUAGAAGACACCAGUGAGAAAGAUCCCAGAGAAGUGGACGCGUUACGAUUUAAUUUAAAUUAUAUUGGCAUGGAUGGUAAUAUAGGAUGUUUAGUAAAUGGAGCUGGUCUAGCCAUGGCUACAAUGGAUAUUAUUAAGUUAAAUGGAGGAUCACCAGCUAAUUUCUUAGACGUUGGCGGUAAUGUGAAAGAAGACCAAGUUUUUCAGGCAUUUAGGAUUCUCAGUGAAGAUCCAAAAGUCAAAGUAAUUCUCGUUAACGUUUUUGGAGGUAUUGUAAAUUGUGUAACGAUAGCGAAAGGAAUUAUCGCAGCAUCGCAAAAUUUACGACUUAAAAUACCACUUGUUGUAAGACUAGAAGGUACUAAUGUGACUGAAGCCAAAAAAGUUUUGUCUGAAUCUGGAUUGCCUAUCCUUACAGCGAACAAUUUGGAUGAGGCGGCAAAAAAAGCGGUAAUCUCUGUAAAAUCAUAAUCGUAUCAGUACGACGAUACAAUGUCGGUUUAUAUUUUUUUAAG